AUGGGAAGCGCGACGCCUGCAAACAUUGCAGCAUCUGUCCACACCUUCGAUGUCAUUGUCGUAGGCGGCGGCAAUGCGGCCCUCGCAGCGGCCAUCUCAGCACAUGACAGUGGCGCCCGCGUGCUUGUCCUAGAAGCUGCCCCCAAGGAAGAACGUGGCGGCAACAGUCGCUUCGCAGGCACAGUCUUCCGGGCACCGCACAAGGGGUUGGAACAUGUCAAGACCCUGCUGUGUGAAGAGGCCAUGGACGACACGAAGCUCUGUACCAUUGGUCCCUACACCGAAGAAAUGUACUUCGAAGAUCUUUCCAAGGCCUCCCACGGCCGUCUGGACAAGGAUAUCGCUGAGGUCUUGGUCAAGCAGGGCUGGGAAACUCUGGAAUGGAUGAAGUCCAAGGGUCACAAGUGGGAGUUGAUGAUAAGGAAGUACCUCAACGUUGACAAUCUUGCGGCCAGAGGGGAGAUUAUCCACGUGAACGCCGGCGCCGCCAUCAUGGCCGUCGGUGGCGGUGUAGGUCUCACCGAUGCAUGGUGGACCGCAGCUGAGAGCCUCGUGCCUGAAGGGAGAAUGACCCUCUGGUAUGAGAGCCCGGCACACGACCUCAUCGCCACUGGAGAUACAGUGCACGGAGUCAAAGUCCGGCACCGCGAGGGCUUCACCGACGUCUAUGGCAAGGUGGUUCUCGCCAGCGGUGGCUUUUCAUCUAACCCGGCAAUGCGCCGCCAAUACCUUGGAGAAGGCUGGGACCUGGUUCUCGUGCGUGGGACCAAAUACAACAUGGGCACGAUGCUCAACCGCGCCAUUGCCGCAGGUGCUCGUCCUGCCGGACACUGGGGUGCUGCCCAUGCCUCUCCCCAGGACGCUAAUGGCCCUCUGACGGGUGAUAUCAACGUCUCCGUGCAUAUGCCGCGGUACGCGUACACGUACGGCAUCACUGUCAACAUCAAUGGAGAGAGAUUCUUUGACGAGGGGGAAGACGACUUUGGCAAGACGUACGCAAAGACCGGCAAGAAGAUUGCCGAUCAGCCCGAAGCCCGGGCCUUCCAAAUCUUUGACCAGCAGACCAUCCACCUACUGCCAAAGCGAUACCAGACCGCGACACCCAUCUACGCCGAUACGAUCCAAGAACUCGCUCGGAAGAUGGGCGUCAAUGCCACCGGCCUGCUGAAGACAGUCGAGACCUUCAACGCUGCCUGCUCUGGAGACGUCGGUAAAUUUAACCCCACUAAGUUGGAUGGACUAAGCACGUCUCUCGCGGCGAAGCUGCCAUUUCCCAAGACAAAUUGGGCCACCAGGAUCGAGAAGGCACCCUUUGUCGCCUACGCGGUGGCUUGUGGUAUCACCUUCACAUAUGGGGGUAUCGCCACAGACGUCGGGGCCCGCGUACUCAACAACGAGGGACGGCCGAUGCCCGGGCUCUGGGCCACGGGUGAGAUUGUUGGCGGUCUCUUCUAUCACAACUACCCAGGGGGAUCCGGAUUGACCAAGGGCGCUGUCUUUGGCCGUAUCGCCGGUCGUGAGGCCGCUGCCGCAGCUCUAAGGGAGUGCAAGGCGGUCAACUCAAAUGGCGCAUGA